CAGCACGACUCCCGUCCCCUUCUUCUCACCGAAGGAAACCCGCCACCAAAACCCCCGGCGACCCGCCCCCAAAACCCAUCGAGAGCGAGCCAAAAACUCCAACUCCUCUCCCCCUCCGCCCGCCAUUCCCCUCCCACCAGUCCCACCCGACCGCCGCCCCCGCCCCCGCCCCCGCCCGGGGGGUCGAACCUUCUUCGGGAACCCAGGAGCCGAGGAGGAAAUGUCGGCGAGGCUACGGGUGGAGGAGCUCCGCGCCGAGCUGCAGCGCCGCGGCCUCGACGACUCCGGCAACAAGCCAGCCCUCGUGCGGAGGCUGGACGCCGCAAUCCGCAAGGAGGAGAAGGCCGCGCUUGCUGCUGCGGCAGCAGAUGGGGAUGGGAUAGCCGCAGAUGGUAUGGUCGUGGAUGGCAAAGGGAACGGCGGGGACAACAAGAAAAGGAAAAGGUCCAGAAAUGGAGAGGAAGAGGGGAGCGGCGACGCCUCUUUGGAGGUGGCAAAGCUAGAGGGCAUGAGCUACCGCGAGUUGCAAGGAUUGGCCAAGUCACGGGGACUGGCAGCAAAUGGGAACAAGAAGGAUGUUAUCGAGAGGUUGCUGUCAGCCCCUGCUAAUGCCACAGAUGGUGUUCAGGACGAGAAGAGGGCUCCAAAAGGUGGUGUUGAGAAGGUUGAGGAGGAGGUGAAAAAGGAGAAGAUGGUUACAGCCACGAAGAAGGGUGCUGCAGUGCUGGAUCAGCACAUUCCUGAUCACAUAAAAGUGAACUAUCAUGUCUUGCAAGUGGGUGAUGAUAUCUAUGAUGCCACCUUGAACCAGACUAAUGUUGGAAACAACAACAAUAAGUUCUAUAUCAUCCAAGUUUUAGAAUCUGAUGGUGGUGGAAGCUUCAUGGUUUACAAUAGAUGGGGGAGAGUAGGGGCACGAGGUCAAGAUAAAGUACAUGGUCCUUUUUCAACACGAGACCAGGCAAUAUAUGAAUUUGAGGGGAAGUUUCAGGACAAAACUAACAACCUUUGGUCCGACCGCAAGAACUUCAAAUGUUAUGCAAAGAAAUACACUUGGCUUGAAAUGGACUAUGGCGAAACUGAUAAGGAAACAAAUAAGACUGAGAAGAAAGAUUCCAUUACUGAUCAGAUAAAAGAGACAAAACUUGAAACUCGGAUUGCACAAUUCAUAUCCCUGAUAUGCAAUAUUAGCAUGAUGAAGCAGCAAAUGGUGGAAAUAGGUUAUAAUGCUGAUAAACUUCCCCUUGGAAAGCUAAGCAAAUCUACAAUACUUAAGGGUUAUGAUGUUCUGAAAAGGAUAUCCAAUGUUAUUUCAAAGGCAGAUAGGAGACAACUUGAGCAAUUGACUGGGGAAUUCUACACCGUGAUUCCUCAUGACUUUGGUUUCAGAAAGAUGCGUGAAUUUAUUAUCGACACUCCUCAGAAACUAAAAGCUAAGCUGGAAAUGGUUGAAGCCCUUGGUGAAAUUGAGAUUGCAACCAAGCUUCUGGAGGAUGAUUCAAGUGACCAGGAUGAUCCACUAUAUGCUCGAUACAAGCAACUUCAUUGUGACUUCACACCUCUUGAAGCCAAUUCAGAAGAAUACUCCAUGAUAAAAACAUAUUUGAUGAAUACCCAUGGCAAAACACACUCGGGUUAUACUGUGGACAUAGUGCAAAUAUUUAAGGUGUUCAGGCAUGGUGAAACAGAGCGGUUUCAGAAGUUUGCUAGUACAGGAAAUAGGAUGCUUCUGUGGCAUGGUUCUCGGUUGAGCAACUGGGCUGGGAUCCUUUCUCAGGGUUUGCGAAUUGCUCCUCCGGAAGCACCUGUAACUGGUUACAUGUUUGGCAAGGGUGUUUACUUUGCUGAUAUGUUUUCGAAGAGUGCAAACUAUUGCUAUGCUUCUGAAGCAUCUAGAUCUGGAGUACUGCUUCUAUGUGAGGUUGCAUUGGGUGAUAUGAAUGAGCUGCUAAAUGCAGAUUACGAUGCUAAUAACUUGCCCAAGGGAAAACUAAGCACGAAAGGAGUUGGUCAAACAGCACCUGACUUAUCAGAGUCUAAGACCACAAAUGAUGGUGUGGUUGUUCCCCUUGGGAAACCUAAACAGGAACCUUCCAAAAGGGGUAGCCUGCUGUACAACGAAUACAUAGUGUACAAUGUAGAUCAGAUAAGAAUGCGGUAUGUCCUUCAUGUCUCCUUCAACUUCAAGAGGCGGUAGAUGCUGUUUGCAAGCUUGAAGACUGCGAGGAUCCACUAGCAGAACAUAUAUUCUUUUGUUGUGGUUCCAGGCUUCCAGCCUUUUGAUGGCUGAUGCUGAGUGUACAACUGUACAUAUGAACCAUCACAGUGCAUCGUCCAUGUAGUUAUAUCUUCUGUUUAUUGGCUUAUUUAAUGUGCUUAAGUUAAAAAAAAAACAGUUUCAUGUGCUUGAA